AUGUUUGCCAUCGUGCCCAAACAUUUCGUCGCACUGCUCCUCGCUAGGGUAGUAGGCGCAGACUACAAUCUCACUUACUUGGACGUAUUCUGGAUUGCAGUCCCGACAAUCACAUUGGUGUCAUCCAACAGCAUAGCGACAACUUAUACGUACCAAUGUGACGCAACAACUACCACUACCACCCCUACUCCGACCUCAACCUCGUGCACUGGCCCACCGCCACAAACUUGGGUCAUUCCGAGCGAUUACACAGAACUCCCAGCCGACACUCCGACACACCCGGGUCCCUGCAUCCCAUUUACCAUGUUCCAAGGCCCAGAAACUUAUGGUUACCGCAUUACAGACAAGAAAAAAGGCUACAUCACUCUCGAUGGCGAUUGCAGCUGGACAGGCGUAUUCACAGACGCACCUAUCACGUGCGAUGCCCAAGUAACCAUCACAGAACAGACCCAUACGUACUCAAGUGGCACACCAACAGUGUUUCAGCAGGAUGACUUGAGGAGUCUGACGUGGGGUGGGGGGUUUGGAUAUGCUGUUGCGACUGUGGUGGAGAAGACGGGGGCGGCGGGUACGCCAAGUGAAGGAGGUGGAGGUCGUGUGGCACUUUCGGUGGGGGUUGUGAUAAUGGCCGGGGGUGCGUUUGUGGUUGGAGCGGUUGCUUGGACGCUUUGA